ACCCUAGAAGCGCUAUGGUCUGAUAUGGACAAUAUCGUCCUACCAUCGUGGGUCAGUAGGGUGCCACGUCGUGUCGGAUCGUCCAGCAGGGCUACCGGUCUAGGCCUGGGUGCAGACGAGUGGCGCACGUUCUGCACCAUCCACCUCACGACGACACUGAUAUUCCUAUGGGCGACCUUUCCGGAUGAAUCGCGGGAGUUUCAGCUCAUUUCCAACUUCAUGGAUUUGGUCACAGCAGUGAAAUUAGCGUCCAUGCGAAUCACCACCCCGGAAAGGCGCAACAAAUGUCGUGAAUACACACAUCACUAUCUAACUACAUUGCUUGAAUUGUUCCCUGGGACUACCAUCCGUGCGAAUCAACACUUACUACUUCAUCUCCCGGACAUCCUGCGGAACCUAGGGCCAGCACCAUCAAUUUGGUGCUUC